AUGCGUCUCUUCUCUGCUGUUCUUGCAUCCCUCGCCAUCUUGGCUCCUGCCUUUGCCGCUCCUGCUUUGAAGACGGUCGAGAGCUUCGCCGGACAGCGCAACGAUGGUAGUUUCAUCGUCAAGCUCAAGUCUGGCGCAUCCCGAAGUGGGCUCCUCAAGACCCUGGGCGUCAACGCAACCCACGAGUGGGACGCAGCCCUCAACGGCUUUGCUGGUAAAUUCUCGGAGAAGGCGUUGAAUGCUCUGCGCGCCUCCCCUGAUGUCGAGUCCAUCUCAGAGGAUGGUAUCAUGCACACAUUCGUCACCCAGACCAACGCUCCUUGGGGACUGUCUCGGUUGACUUCCGCGACCCGCCUCACCAACACGAACGUUGCCGCAUUGACUUUCACAUACACCUACGACGCCUCCGCUGGCAGUGGUGUUGAUGUCUUCGUCGUCGACACCGGUAUCUUCACCAGCCACUCUCAGUUCGGUGGCCGUGCCCGCUGGGGUGCUACAUUUGGACCUUACGCCGAUGCUGACGGCAAUGGUCACGGUACUCAUUGCGCUGGUACCAUCGGUGGUAGCCAAUUUGGUGUCGCCAAGAGCGUCAACCUCAUCGCCGUGAAAGUUCUCAGCGACGGUGGAUCUGGCUCGGUUGCUGAUAUCGUCUCUGGCCUUAACUUCGUCCUGUCCUCUGCUCGCUCUUCUGGCCGCCCUUCCAUCGUCUCGAUGAGUCUCGGUGGUGGUGCUUCCACUGCCUUGGACAACGCCGUUGCUUCUCUCACGGCGGGUGGAGUCCAUGUCGUAGUUGCCGCGGGUAACUCUAACGUUGAUGCUGGCACCACCUCCCCUGCUCGUGCCCCCUCUGCCAUCACUGUCGGAGCAUCUACCAUCACUGACGCUCGAGCCUCUUUCUCUAACUUCGGCUCCGUCGUUGAUGUCUUCGCUCCUGGUCAAGAUGUCAUUAGCUCCUGGAUCGGCAGCACCACCGCAACCAACAGAAUCUCUGGAACUUCCAUGGCUACCCCCCAUGUUGCUGGCUUGGCCGCCUACCUCAUCGGCCUCAACGGUAACUCAUCCCCUGCCGCCCUAUCGACUACCAUCAAGAGUUUGUCCUUGAAGGGUGUCCUGAGCGGUAUUCCUUCGGGCACUCUCAACGACUUGGCUCACCACGCUUAA